CGAAUAGCACGCAACAGGUUGUGCUGUGUCGUUAAUGCUUAAAAACAAACGUAAUUAGUUUAAAGAGAGAUAUGUAUGUUGUAGAGCACACUAUCUUUGCUAAAAUAUUAUUUCUUUAAGUGUUAUCAAGAUGAUGCGUUCAAAGUUCUUGAGUCUGCUGAUUCGUGCUCCAAGUGUUUGCAGAAGCAUGUCUACUGCCACAAAGCUGACCACUAUAGAUGUUAAUGAUAAAACUGGCAUUGCUACACUUACCUUGAACCGGUCGCCUAUAAAUGCUCUUAAUGUGGAAUUGUUGCAAGAUCUAAACGAAUCUAUUAAGGAAAUAGAGGACAAUAAAAGCCGAGGCCUUAUUCUAACAUCGUCAAACGAUAAGGUAUUUUCAGCCGGCCUGGACUUGAACGAAAUGUAUAGGCCCGACAAGGACAGAGCUCGUUUGCUAUGGAUCAAGCUACAGGAUGUUUGGUUGGCGCUCUACAGCUGUGAUUUGCCGACAGCUGCUGCUAUAAAUGGUUACGCACCAGCCGGCGGCUGCUUACUUGCCACCGUAUGCGAGUAUCGAGUUAUGCUGCCGAAAUGUCGAAUUGGUUUCAAUGAAACUCAACUGGGGAUUGUGCCACCGAUAUUCUGCAUGUUCAACUUCUUAAAUGUAUUGCCACGUCGUGUGGCUGAACGUUCGCUGAGUCAGGGACAAAUGUUUACUACAGAGCAAGCGUUGCAAAUCGGCCUAGUGGACGAUGUGGUCAGCAGCAAGGGGGAAGCACUCGACAAAUGUACCAAGUUUAUAGACACAUUUGCGAAAGUUAAUCCCUUGGCACGUUCACUAGCUAAGCAGCAGUUUAGAGCAGCAGACUUACAAAGGUUUCAAACCGAACGAGCUAAAGACUUGGAAAGUUUCUUAGCGUUCAUAAAUCAUCCACAAAUGCAGGAGGGUCUGGGCAUCUAUCUCAACAGCUUGAAGAAAAAGCAGCAAUUGAAUGCUGUCUGAGUGUGUAUGUAUACAAAGUGAUUCAUUAAACAUUAACAAGAAUAAAAUUAAC